CUUGUCUCUCUAUUGAGCCUCCACGCUUGCGCCGCACAUUUAUUUAGUGAGAUACAAGACAUUCCCUACCUAAGGCACCUUAAGGUCGGUCGGUACUGUGCCUGAUUACUACUACUUAGAUAGGUAACAUAUUUCUCAUGCAAAUUAACUCUUCCCUUUUCCCUCCCUAACGUUCGCUACGCGGUGCUUCCAUUAUCGCCCUUCACGUCGCUCCUUUGAUCCAAUUAUUCUUCAUCUACCUGCCUUUAACCAGUUGAGAUAACUACAUCAUUUCGACAUCUAACCGUUUCACCCCGUAAUGCACAUAUCAUAACCAUGUUAGCCACAUUUCAAGGACGACCAGGUCGUCGCUACAUUAGCCUCUUUCUCUUCAUCGCUAUCACAUGGUUCCUGAUCCAUAACUUUCGCCCCUACGAGCGCUAUCGUACUGUGAGAAUUGGCACAUAUGACUAUCUUCCGAGCAGCUACGAUUGGAGCAAGCAACAGGUCUUCCACCCGGUUGAGGAUAUCAAGAGCCCACCGAACGGCACGUUUAAACUACUGCCGCGAAUUCAGAAAGAGCGCGCCGAAGACUAUAAAGAAGAUAGCGAAACCACGGCUAGGAAAGCAGCCAUCAAGCAAGCAUUUACCAAGAGCUGGGAAGCUUACAAGAAGCAUGCGUGGGGCUGGGAUGAGCUCGCGCCCGUGUCCCUCCGUGGAAAGACGACAUUUUCUGGUUGGGCUGCCCAAAUCGUCGAUGCCCUCGACACUUUGUGGAUUCUCGAUAUGAAGGAUGAAUUCAAGGAAGCCGUCAAGGUUGUCGCCAUGAUCGAUUGGUCGCGGACUGGCGACGACUACCUCAAUCUGUUCGAGGUGGCUAUCCGUCAUCUCGGUGGCCUCCUCUCCGCCUACGAGCUUUCUGACGAAGCUGUUCUGCUCGGCAAGGCCAUUGAGCUAGGCGAAAUGCUGUACGCCGCGUUCGAUACCCCCAAUCGAUUGCCAUCCCACUGGCUCUAUUUCAAGGCUGCCAAGAGUGGCUCCCAGCAGGCGGACGAGUCUAUGUCUGGCGCUGCGGGAGGCUCAAUGUGCCUUGAGUUUACCCGACUGUCCCAGAUCACUGGCAACCCCAAGUACUACGAUGCUACUGAGCGCAUUAAGCAGUUCUUCUACCGCAACCAGGACAAGACCAAAAUUCCUGGCUUGUGGCCCCAUGUUAUGAACUACCGCGAUGAGAAAGUUGGUGAAGCUCGCUUUACCCUCGGCGCUGGUGCAGAUUCGCUUUACGAAUAUUUGCCCAAGAUGCAUGCUUUGUUGGGUGGCCUGGAUCCUGAAUACGUUGAAAUGACCACCAAGGCACUCGAUACUGCUGUCAAGCAUAUUCUAUAUAAGCCUCGUAACCCCGGGGACCUGGAUAUCUUGAUGUCUGGCAAUGUUUUGGCAGGCGAAGAGGGUAGCAAGCCUGAGCUAACCGCUGAGAUGCAGCAUUUGACAUGCUUUGUCGGUGGUACAUAUGCUCUGGCUGGUAAACUCCUUUCCCGGAGCGACUUCGUUGACCUCGGCUCUCGUCUCACCGCUGGCUGUGUCUGGGCAUACGAUGCUUUCCCCACCAAUAUCAUGCCCGAAAUCGCUCAGCUUGAAGCUUGCGAGUCCAUCACCAGCAAGUGCCGCUGGAGUGACAAGCCUGUAGAGAAGAAGGAUAAGCUCCCCGAGGGUUUCAUUCGUGUUCGAAACUCAGAAUACCGCCUGCGCCCUGAGGCCAUCGAGAGUGUGUUUUACAUGUGGCGCAUCACAGGCGACGAUGUCUGGCGUACUGCCGCUUGGCGUAUGUGGGAGGCCAUCGUCAAGCAGACCGAGACCCAAGAGGCUUUUGCUACAAUUAGUGACGUUAACAAGAAGGGUAGCGACAAGCGUGAUAACAUGGAGACAUUCUGGAUGUCAGAAACAAUCAAGUACUUCUAUCUCACCUUUGAUGAUCCCAACGUUAUCAACUUGGAUGAGUGGGUGCUCAACACUGAGGCUCAUCCCUUGAAGCGCCCCAAGGGUGAGGAGGUUGAGGCUCCCAAGAAAAAGACAACGUGGUGGAAAUUUGGCCAUUAAUCUACAGGCUUUCACCCGGUACAGCUAUGGGAUAUUGGUGUUUUAAUGGGCUAGUGUAACAAGUGCAUGGUUUUGUUUUUCUUGGUAUACGAAAUACUUGUAGUAAUGACCUUUUCAUCCUCCAACAUUACUUCCUACGUUUCUCAAGCAAGUCUACGUCAAGUCUAUACCGAGUUGCCUUAGGAUAUCGAGAGAACAGUGUGCGUGGGGGUUUCCCACCGGAUCAAAGUCGAAUAUGAGCUACUGAAAUGAUCUAUAUAAAGUCAAUGACGAUUCAGAAACACUCUAUCCUGCAGCAAAUUGAUGUCAUUGAACCAUGAACACAUUCAAC